AUGGAGGGGGACCCCUCCCAGCCUCCCAACAGCAGCUGGCCCCCAAGCCCAAGCCAGAAUGGGAGUAACACCAGGGCCACCGCGGCUGCAAACCUCACGUUCUCGUCCUACUACCAGCACUCGUCACCAGUGGCGGCCAUGUUCAUCGUGGCCUACGUGCUCAUCUUCCUCCUCUGCAUGGUGGGCAACGCCCUGGUCUGCUUCAUCGUGCUCAAGAACCGGCACAUGCGCACCGUCACCAACAUGUUUAUCCUUAACCUGGCUGUCAGCGACCUGCUAGUGGGCAUCUUCUGCAUGCCCACCACCCUUGUGGACAACCUCAUCACUGGGUGGCCCUUCGACAACGCCACAUGCAAGAUGAGCGGCUUGGUGCAGGGCAUGUCCGUGUCGGCUUCUGUCUUCACACUGGUGGCCAUUGCCGUGGAAAGGUUCCGCUGCAUCGUGCACCCUUUCCGCGAGAAGCUGACCCUGCGGAAGGCGCUGGUCACCAUCGCGGUCAUCUGGGCCCUGGCCCUGCUCAUCAUGUGCCCCUCGGCCGUCACGCUGACCGUCACGCGCGAGGAGCACCACUUCAUGGUGGACGCCCGCAACCGCUCCUACCCGCUCUACUCGUGCUGGGAGGCCUGGCCGGAGAAGGGCAUGCGCAAGGUCUACACCACCGUGCUCUUCUCGCACAUCUACCUGGCGCCGCUCGCGCUCAUCGUGGUCCUGUACGCCCGCAUCGCCCGCAAGCUCUUCAAGGCCGCGGGCCCCGGCCGGGCGCGCGAGGCGGCGGCGGUGGAGGGCGCGCGCGGGGCGCGGCGCCGGGCCCGGGCGGUGCACAUGCUGGUCGCGGUGGCGCUGUUCUUCACGCUGUCCUGGCUGCCGCUCUGGGCGCUGCUGCUGCUCAUCGACUACGGGCAGCUCAGCGAGCCGCAGCUGCACCUGGUCACCGUCUACGCCUUCCCCUUCGCGCACUGGCUGGCCUUCUUCAACAGCAGCGCCAACCCCAUCAUCUACGGCUACUUCAACGAGAACUUCCGCCGCGGCUUCCAGGCCGCCUUCCGCGCCCAGCUCUGCCUGCCGCCGUGGGACAGCCACGAGGAGGCCUACUCCCAGCGGCCCGGCCGGCUCCUGCGCACGCGGGUCUUUGUGGAGGUGCAGCCCAGCGACUCGGGCCUGCCCUCCGAGUCGGGCCCGAGCAGUGGGGGCCCCAGGCCUGGCCGCCUCCCGCUGCGCAAUGGCCGGGUGGCCCACCAUGGCUUGGCCGGGGAGGGUCCUGGCUGCUCCCAUCUACCCCUCUCCAUGCCAGCCUGGGAUGUUUGA